AGACCUCAGGAUCCUGAGGACCAGAACGCCAUGUCUUUCCGCGACCUCCACAACUUUACAGAAAUGAUGAGAGCCUUGGGAUACCCUCGACAUAUUUCUAUGGAAAAUUUCCGCACACCAAAUUUUGGACUUGUAUCUGAAGUGCUUCUCUGGCUUGUGAAAAGGUAUGAACCUCAGACUGACAUCCCUUCUGAUGUUGAGACUGAACAAGACCGAGUUUUCUUCAUUAAGGCAAUUGCCCAGUUCAUGGCCACUAAGGCACAUAUAAAACUCAAUACUAAGAAGCUUUAUCAAGCAGACGGGUAUGCAGUGAAAGAACUAUUGAAGAUCACCUCUGUCCUUUAUAAUGCUAUGAAGACCAAAGGUAUGGAGGACUCUAAAAUAGGAGAGGAAGAUAUCAGCAAAUUCAAGUUUGACCUUAGCUCAAAGAUUGCAGAUUUGAAAGCAGCCAGGCAGCUUGCUUCUGAAAUCACUUCCAAGGGAGCAUCUCUGUAUGACUUGCUGGGCAAGGAGGUGGAGUUGAGGGAACUGAGAACAGAAGCAAUUGCCAGACCUCUGGAAAUAAAUGAGACUGAAAAAGUGAUGAGAAUUGCAAUAAAAGAUAUUUUGGUGCAGGUUCAGAAGACAAAAGACCUGCUCAAUAAUGUGGCCUCUGAUGAAGCUAACCUAGAAGCCAAAAUUGACAAGAGGAAAUUAGAACUGGAAAGAAAUCGGAAGCGACUCCAGACUCUGCAGAGUGUCAGGCCAGCCUUUAUGGAUGAAUACGAGAAGACUGAGGAUGAAUUGCAAAAGCAGUAUGACAUUUAUCUAGAGAAAUUUCGAAAUCUGGCUUAUCUGGAACAGCAACUCGAGGAUCAUCACAGGAUGGAGCAAGAGAGGUUUGAGGAAGCUGAAAACACUCUCCGUCUGAUGCAGAACAAGCUAAAGGAGGAAGAAAAGCGACUGCUCAAGAGCAGAAGUCAGCCAGGAGUGCCUGAAGCAGCCCUAAGUGAUAAGCCUGCAUGGAGUUUAUCCCCUUCCGAGAGGCCCAGCACAGGCCUCUCACUUUGGUAUGUGGUUGAUGAUUCAAAUGGUCUCACUAAUACACAACUGCAGAUAGGCUGCUUGGUCUAG